AUGGAGAGAUUAACCAUUGCAAAGUUUCUCUUCACAAUCAUCAUAUUCGUUUGCUGGUCUACAUUAUCAAUAGCAAACGUUGAUCACUUUGCCAUAGAAAAUUACGUGAACAAAUCGCUUCAACUUCUAUGUAAUGAUGAUAUUUCUUUAAACUUCUCAAACGCUGUAAUCUCUGAAAUCAAGCGGAAUUUCAUCAGCAGUUCGGUGAUUACCUGUCUCAAUCUUACGAGCAAUAGUAUUGAGAAAAUUGGUAGAGGUGCCUUCGAUAGAUUACCAAAUUUAACUCAAUUGUUUCUUUCAAACAAUAAAUGGAGCAGCUUACAUGAACUUCUUGACUUUGGAGGUCACUCUAAGUUACAAGUGCUUAUUAUGAAUGAUGCAAAAAGCUGCAAUAUCGACAGCUAUCGUAGAUCAUCUGUACAGAUUAUCGGCGAAUAUCCUAACUUAGAAAUUUUAUCUCUAAGUGGAAAUUGUAUCAAGGAUUUUGCGCUUGAUUAUCAUAUUAUAGGAACCCAUUUUCAUAUGACGAUGUCUUCGAUUGAUAGCUGGAUGCCAUUCCCCAAGUUAAAAAUUCUGGAUCUCUCCAGAAACAGGAUAAUGAGACAGGAUUUUGUACAACUAGUGUCGAAUAAUUUAUACUUUCUUGAUCUUCAUGAUAAUUUGCUUGAUAGGUUACAUUUAAACGAAAAAGGAAGCAAAUUGUUCGCGCUGAAUUUGGAUAGAAAUAAUUUUGACAUUAUUAAUAGUCGACACGAAUUCCAAUGGACUUUAUCGAUGGCCGGUCUGAAGAAUCUGCACUAUCUUUCUGUUUCCAAAAACAAGAUUAAUAAUAUCGAUUCAGAUGCUUUCAAAGACAAUAAUAAAUUGCUCUUUUUAAACUUAUCUUCAAAUUACAUACAUGAGCUACAUCCGAAAACAUUUGCAUAUUUACAGAAUUUAAAAACACUCGAUCUAAGUGGGAAUCUACUCAAGGAUGUUCCGCAAAUUUCAAAUGAAACAGAAAUUAGCAUUUUAUAUAUUAGUAACAACUACAUAUAUAAAAUACUCUCGCAUACUUUCACGCAUAUGCCAAAAUUGAUAAAACUAUUAAUGGGAGAGAAUCGGAUUAAUGAAAUCGAUGUUAAUGCGUUUGCUCCUCUUACUGUCCUAGAAGAAUUAGAUUUGUCGAGAAAUAUGUUAAGCUUUUUACCAAAAAAAUUGGCGGAAACUCUUGUAUCUUUGAAAUAUUUGGAUUUAAGUGAGAAUAAAUUCACUUCGUUGGAGUCUUUGUCACUAACGAAUACAUGGCCAUCGAUAAAAAAAAUUGAUGAAUCAUACAAGUGA